UUCGAUAAAAGUAUUUCUAGGUUAUGUCAAUUUUGACGUUUCUUUAAUUUGUUUAUAAAAUGUAAUUUUAAAGAUAAGUUAAUACACGUCAGUACUCAUUUCUACUACUUCGUAUAAUAUGAAAAUGAUUUCCGUGCUUCUUGGUCUAUUGGUGGUUACCUUGACCGAAACCAGUGAUAUAAAGGGAUUUGAUGAUACUCUCCUCUUCGAUAUCAACUGGCCUGGAAGCAUUAGUGAGGAACUGAGUAUACAAAAUGCUGAAAAUGAGCACCUAAUACUUACAACUGCAUACAAAGAAAAAUAUCGCUGCACAUUACCAAAUAUCCAAGAAGUAGAACUCUCUGCCACUGAUAACUAUGACGGUCCAUCUCCUUUAGAGCUUAUAUCACCACUGUUCAGUCAGUCGUCCUGUUCUUACCGUUUAGAAUCUUAUUGGACUUAUGAAGUUUGUCAUGGAAAGCACAUAAGGCAGUAUCACGAAGACCGGGAAGGAAAGAAAGUCAAGGUACAAGAAUAUAACCUCGGUUUUUGGGAUAAAAAUUACUAUGAAACACUAGUUAUGGAAUCCAAAGCUGUUGAAAAGGAAUCCAAAAAUGUGCCUCUGUCCUUUAAAAAAAUCGAUGGAAUUAAUCUUCCAUAUUUUGAAUUGACAAUGGGUAAUGGCACCCGAUGUGAGUUAAAUCAAAAUAAACCCAGGCAAACAAAAGUAGUUUAUGUAUGCUACAUCCACGGAAAGCAUGAGAUAUUUUCCUUUAAAGAGAUAUCAACCUGUUUAUAUGAAGUUAUUAUCCUCUCACCUUUGCUCUGCUCACAUCCAAAGUACAAACCUCAGGAGACUGGCGAGAAUGAAAUUAACUGUGUUCCUUUAGACGACAAUCCAAAAAGACCACGUAACAUGAUGAAAAUGAUACAAGAGAGUAAAAAAUUACGUCGAAGAUCGGACAUAGAUCACAUUCGUGUAGAAUUUCACCCAUUGGAUUUAAACGAAAAAGAAGAAUUGCCAAAAGUAACCGAAGCACCUGUCGAUACUUCACCUGUUGAAAGUUUUCUCGCCGGAAAAAAUUGCUUGAACGGCGGCACAGGAUGGUGGAAAUAUGAAUUUUGUUACGGAAAAACUGUUGAACAAUACCAUAUUGAAAAGGAUGGAAGUAAAACCUCGAUCAAUUUAGGUAGAUUCAAUAAAGCGAAGCACUUAGAAUGGCUUGAACUGCAUCCUCAAAAACGUCCCAAACCGAAAGGUCAAAGAACGCAGCUGUCUCACCUUUAUUCAGACGGUAGUGUUUGUGAUAAGACCGGUAAGGCUCGACAAACUGAAGUUAAAUUAAAAUGUUUGGAUAAUGCAUCGAAUGUGAAUGCUGUGUCUCUGUAUUUACUGGAGCCGAGAUAUUGCGAAUACAUUUUAGGAGUGGAAUCGCCACUUAUCUGUGAUAUUUUAGCACGCGCGGAUGAGAAUGGUCUCAUUGAAAAUGUGGAUGAUGAUGCCAUUAUAGAAGAUGAAAUUUCUACAGUGAACAUUAUAAGGUCGUAAUUUUUGUGGCAUUUUUAAAUAAAUAGGUGUACAUUUUAUGAUUGAGUGUUAUGGAUAUCUAUAAACACUUGUAUUCGUGUUUGUUUGCAGUGGCACAAAGUAUAAAUAUUUGCACUAAGCUUAUGGUGUUUUUAUUUCUUGUCGAUUAUAGUAAUUAGAUACCAAAUGUAAAUGUUACUGAUAUAUUACAUUAAUGGCAAAAUUAA